AUGAGCUCGUCGGUGGCCGUGUACAGGAACAUCUACACGGAGGACCGCUUCCAGCAGGCCUACGGCUCCGAGGACAGCGGGGCUGGAGGCGUGCGGCUCCGGGAGAGGCUGGCCGGGAGGUGCAGGUGCUCGAGGCGGGCCUGGCUCCACCUGCUGAGGGAGAGGGUCCCCAUCUUCAGGUGGCUGCCGAGCUACAAGCUCCGGAAGUGGAUCUUAGGAGAUACUGUGGCCGGGCUGACUGUGGGAAUCCUUCACAUCCCGCAGGGCAUGGCCUUUGCUUUACUCACGUCAGUGGCACCAAUAUUCGGCCUCUACACCUCCUUUUUUCCUGUGAUCAUCUAUAUGUUUUUUGGCACAGGUCGCCAUGUGUCCACAGGUACCUUUGCUGUGGUGAGUCUGAUGACUGGCUCCGUGGUGGAGCAGCUGGUUCCCAGUCCUCUGGGACUGAACUCCAGUUCGUCUGAGGCGUCUGACUUCGAGGCCCAGAGGAUCGGAGUGGCCUCUGCCGUAGCACUCCUCUCAGGGAUUAUCAUGCUCUGCAUGUGUGGGCUUCAGCUGGGCUUCCUGUCCACCUAUCUAUCAGAGCCAAUCGUUAAGGCUUUCACCAGUGCUGCUGCUUUCCAUGUCACCAUCUCCCAGCUGCAAAGCAUGCUGGGCCUGCGGCUCCCUCGCCACACUGGGACCUUCUCCCUCUUCAAGACGUUAGCGUCGGUGAUGGAGAACCUGCCUCACACCAACAUGGCGGAGCUGCUCAUCUCUCUGGUGUGUUUGGCCGUCCUGGUCCCAGUGAAGGAGAUCAACAUGCGUUACCGGCACCGCCUGCGCACACCCAUUCCUGUGGAGAUCCUCACGGUGAUUGUUGCUACAGCUGUGGCCUACGCCUCCUCACUGGACUCGUCUUACAACAUCGAAAUAGUUGGUCACAUCCCAGCUGGUUUUCCAAAGCCACGGAUGCCUGCCUUGCAGACUUUACCUGAUAUUGCUGGAGAUACAAUAGCCAUAACAUUUGUUGGUUACGCCGUGUCGGUUUCACUGGCCAUGAUUUAUGCUGAUAAACAUGGAUACUCCAUCCAACCCAACCAGGAGCUGCUGGCUCACGGCAUUUCAAACACUGUGUCCUCGUUCUUCACCUGCUUCCCCAGCUCGGCCACUCUGGCCACCACUAACAUUCUGGAGAGCGCUGGAGGAUACACACAGCUCUCCGGCCUGUUCACCAGUCUGGUCGUUCUGAUUGUCCUGCUGCUGAUUGGACCUCUGUUCUACUUCCUACCCAAGGCAGUCUUGGCAUGCAUCAACGUCACCAGCCUCAGGCAGAUGUUUCUGCAGUUCCAGGACUUACCUGAGCUGUGGAGGAUCAGCAAGGUGGAUUUCAUGGUCUGGCUGGUAACAUGGCUGUCUGUCGUAGUGCUAAACGUGGAUCUUGGUUUAGCCAUUGGAGUGGUGUUCUCCAUGAUGACUGUCAUCUUUCGCACACAAAGGGCUGGUUGUUCAGUACUUGGCCGAGCCAGCAACACAGAAAUUUACAGACCUCUGGAGAAACACAGCAAGUGCUAUGAGGUGCCUGGAGUGAAGAUCCUCACGUACAAUGGGCCGAUUUACUAUGGCAACCGUAGCUUCUUCAGGGAGGAGAUGAGCAGGUUGCUGGGCCUGACGCCAGAGAAGAUCCGCAGCUGGGAGAAGGCCAAGAAAGCCCUGGAGAAACGGGAGAGAGAGGCCACCAUCAACACCGUGGAAAGAGGCAUCGCAAACACAUCAUAUUCCUCAGAAAACGACUUUUUUAAAUCAGAAAUGCCUGAGAGCGACGUCCAGGCAGUCUUAAUCGAUUGCAGCAGCGUGAUAUUCGUUGAUGUUGCUGGAGCAAGACUCUUCACACAGAUGUGCACUGAAUGCCAGAAGGUUGGAGUCCAUGUGUAUUUGGCCAACUGCAAUGAGAGUGUCUUAAAGAUCCUAACAUCCAGCGGUCUAAUGAACCACAUGAAUCCUCAACAUAUUUUCGUCACCGUUCACGACGCUGUGAUGUAUAUUCAGCAGCUGAGGGAAAAACCUCCAGAGAACACCACAACUGUUUGGGUAUGAGGACGUGGAGGAACCGUCCGUCUUUUAACCAACGGUCUGGGACUAAAAUGGCGGAGGGCGUCAGGACUUCUUCAUUUGUUUCCCUUGCUGAGUCUCUCAGCUGUGUAGGAGUACUCCAGCAUGUGGUCCAGAUUGUAUUGUACACCAGUGUUUCAAAGAAGCAGUAGCCUGUUGUAGCACUAUGUCAUGAGUUCAAAUUCAAAUUAUAUUACAGUGUUAACUAGUUUCCAUAAGAGUCCACCGUGUGACACUUUAAUCUGUAACACAUUCGGAAAGCUGUCGAUGCCGCAGAAACAACAACAUACAAUCAUAUAUUCAGU